CCAUGACACACACGAUGGAAUGUGACCCGGUCAGGCCACUGGCACGAUAGGGCCAUAUAAUAGCGUCCGACGAUGCCUGCGAUUCAUCCCAGCUUGACCAGGUUGCCUGCCUUUGCAUUGAUCUUGUUCAUGACACAUGGACGAACCACGGAUCCGCCUCACUGACCCCCGCGCCGCGGCGGGAGACGCGAGCUUCUAUUCCCAACACACCUUCCAGAUCGAAUAUCCCGACGUCGGCCUGCAAUGGCUGUGCGACAUGCCGCCCAAGAACGUGCAGCAGCUGCGCAAGCUGUCGAUGUACAUCCACCCGCUGUACCAUGCAGGGCCGGAUAACCGUGACGCGCCGGAUUCGCCGUCGCCGCCCGACUCGCCCGACUCGCCCGACUCCCUCGAGAGGCAAACGCCCGCCAACGGCCCGCUGUGGUGCGACCUGCUGGACAAGAUCUCGACUGAUGCGACGGGCCUCGAGCAGCUCACGCUGUAUCUGGGGUCGGAGCCCCUGAUGGACCACUGGGGCCCCGCAGUGGACAUCAAUUUCGUGCACGCGCUGGGCCAGUUGGGGAACCCGAACCUGCGCUCGCUGCAGAUCGCGGGCUUCUUCCCCAAAGAGUGGCCGCUGUAUCUGCAGCAACGCACGGGCUUGACGGUCUGGGACGCCGCAGGGAAGCAAGAAGGCUAUUUAACGCGCCUCAGGGAGUUCCAGCGCAUGCUGCAUGAUCAGACGCUGUGACGGGUUUUUUUGUUUCUAGCUUUAGCCCUAAUCAACCCCAAUCAACCCUACUUCGCCACAUCUGGUAUACUCGGCUGGAAUUAGUAGUAUUCCAUACAUACGGAGUAAGCCUCUUG